GAGCUCCACUGUUCACCAUCUCCAGUAAGACCAACGAUUGCGAUCCAACAAGACGAUAAACAACGGUGAAAAUCAGCCGUCAAGCUUUCCACGAGCCCUCUAUCUUAAUACUUCGAUAAUACUCAGAGACCGCCAAGAUGAAGCUCGUCAGAUUUCUUAUGAAAUGCCAGAACGAGUCGGUGACGAUUGAACUGAAGGGCGGCACCAUCAUCUCUGGAACUAUCGCCUCCGUCUCCCCACAAAUGAACACGGCGCUCCGAAAUGUCAAGAUGACGCCUCGCGGGCAGGAUACGAUUCAGCUGGAGACUCUUAAUGUUCGCGGAAGCACCAUUCGUUAUUACAUCCUCCCCGAUUCGCUUCCCCUCGACUCGCUCUUGAUCGACGACUCUUCCAAGCCCAAGAACAAGGCCCGCAAGGAGGUGGAUCGUGGUGGUGCCAGAGGCGGCGGUCGCGGUGGCCGUGGCAUGCGUGGAGGAAGAGGCGGUCGCGGUGGCCGUGGCAGAGGAAGGGGUUAAGCUGGGAAACUUGGUGACAUCAGGUUGGACUACGGACCUGGCCGCUGGUUGGGGUGCUGCCAAACGAUGCGCCCAAGGUGUCCCUACCUGCGCUUUUCAUCGGCAACGUAUGGGCGAUUCGAUGGCGACAGGCAGAAGCAGCUCGACUAGGCGCGCACAAAUCCACCGGAGGAGGACGAGGAGACACGAGAGAUCACACAACAUAUGUGCGUCAGCACUCUUUGCGUUUUGACCAUCAACAAAACAUAGCGGAGACCUGAAAAGCGGCAGGGAAUUCUGAAUUUGGCGUUACUGGAUGGAUGAUUUGAUACUGCAAAAAGACUGCCAAGGGGUACGUUCUUGAUUUUCUGAUAUAUGGGGGAGGAGACAAAACGGCCUGUAUUCAUAGUGUUCUUACUCACCGAGGGUAGGACGGACCCGUUAACAAUGACACCUCGAUACUCGGACUUGUAUAUAUCUGCCAUACGAUCAAACACAUAUAUGUCAUAUAUUGAUCAUGGCAUAUGACGAUAUGUUAAGAAUUCAACCUCCCGUAAUUUUUUCGACUCUUAUCCACAGCAUUACGCUUUCAAGAGCGACCCAUCCAUUUCCUGAUUUCACAAGCCUCAACGUCUCACUCCCUCCAUAUCCUCACAAUCUGCAACUUCUCCCACCCCGCCUGCCGUCCACUCGUUCCUACUGUCUCCGCCUUCCACCGUCUCCCCUCCCCAGCAUUGUCCAUCUCCCUAAUCCUUUGCUUCACCGCCUCGGGCUUAUUCCCCGCACACAACAGCAAGUAGGCGACCCCCCGC